CACACAUAAUUUCCCGGCAAUGCAAUGUUUGGUUACGCAGUCACCCGGGAAAAAAACGCGUCCGAUAGUAUUUCACCUGGCGGAAUUUAAUUGGUUAGUUAGUGUAACAACAAUGACGGAACAGUAACACAAGCAUUACCUCUCCACUUUUCAAUUUUCCCCAGUCACUUCACUUUCUUGGUAGUUUCCUAAGAAACUCUCUCAAAAACCUCAUUUACUUCUCUUCAUCUUCUUCUUCCCUCAGAGCUUUGGUUUUGUGAGAUUUCAACAAACACACAAAAAAAAAAAAAAAAAUGGCGAAAUCUGACAUUGAAACUGGUGGUAGUGGUAACGAGGGGCUGUAUCCAAACAUGAAAGAGAGCUCGGAGCUUCGUUGGGCUUUCAUAAGGAAAGUGUACACCAUCUUGUCUCUUCAGCUUCUCCUCACCGUCGGUGUCUCCGCCGUGUUCUUCUUCGUCCGUCCGAUUCCUGUCUUCAUCACCGAGACUAUCCCUGGACUCGUCGUCUUCUUCGUCAUCCUCCUCCUUCCUCUCUUCCUGCUGUGGCCUCUGUUGGCUUUUGAGAAGAAGCAUCCCAUUAACUGCAUUGUCCUGGCCAUCUUCACUCUCUCCAUUUCCUUCGCUGUUGGGAUUUGCUGCUCUCUCUCCAAAGGGAAGAUUGUUAUGGAGGCUGCAAUUCUCACAGCUGCGAUGGUCUUUGGGCUGACGAUCUACACCUUCUGGGCAGUAAAGAGAGGCCAUGAUUUCUCCUUCCUUGGACCAUUCCUCUUUGGUUCACUCCUCAUUAUCCUUGUCUUCACUCUGCUCCAGAUCUACUACCCUCUCGGGAAGCUAACAUCGAUGAUAUUCAGCGGUGUAGCAUCAAUCGUGUUCUGCGGAUACAUCAUCUUUGACACAGACCAGCUGAUCAAGAAACUCAACUACGACGAGUAUAUCAUUGCUGCGAUCCGUCUUUACCUGGACGUCAUGAAUCUCUUCCUCAAUCUCCUUGGCAUCAUGAGCAACGGCCAGUAGUGACAUGUGGUUUCAUCUUCUCUGAUGGUGUCGUUACUAUCCUACUAAUUCUAGACAUAGAUUUAUCGAGUAUUAAGAAGACAAAUAUUAUAGUGUUUUACUGCUUGAUAAAGUUUUUAACAAUACCAAAACAUUCUUUAUAAGCAGUUAUAAGUAUAACAUGUGAGAAACGAUCCUUUGAUGAUAUA